AUGUAUGCGCGUCUUCCGCCGGAAUUCAGGAUUGCAUGUGAGAAACAAUUGAUCAUGUUUUACACCGACAACAAUGAGAAGUCUAAUGCAGGGAAGGAAAUGCAAUGGAUCGGAGCUCUCUCGAAAUCUAACGUGAUGGAACGAAUUGGUCGACGUAAUCCAGGGAGUGCGCCCUCAAGUGCAAAGCCACGUGGAUUGGAUGAUCUCCCGGUGUCCGGAACCACGGUUCCGUUCGCUUCUCUUUUGAACGGGGAACUAGGGAGAGACGAAUCCGAAUCCCGGCAUGCCUCCGGUAUGCAGCCGAGAAAAUACCUGAAGCGGGGUGAAGGCCUCAAACGUUAUGGACAAUUAGCGAAGGUGAAGUGGAAGCCGAAAAGUCCUAAGACCCCGUCUGAAAAAACUGUAUCUGUUCCGAAUGUUGGAAAAGCUCUCAUUCCGAGUUCGCAGUCGUCUCCUCGUCGAGGACAUCGCGAAUCGUCAGAUUCAGAACUUCGGGACUUCAUCCAGAACGAAUAUGCUGCGGAAAAUUCGAGCUUCUGCUCAUCUUCGUCGGUGAUCAAUCGAAUUUCCGCUCGCUGUAUGAAUAAGCUGCCUAGAGUUCUGCAUCUUCCUGAUGAAACGCCUUCAGACCAAUCGGGGUGCGCGCGGGAACCGAGUUCACCUCCCGACCAAUUCAGGAGCGCAGCUUUUCGGAGAUGCGUCGAGGAAUACGUCAAGACUUUCGAGCCGACCUCUGAUGAUUCGUUCAGUGUUUCAGAAAUUUCGGUUUCCGUGAGCAACUCUCCGCGGAAGUCCGAUCCCAAGUCCCACGUCAGGUUCAACGAAGUUGUGUACAAGCAUUCCUUCACCGCCGAAAGCGAAACUAACCAGUCGGCACCACAGUCUGAUGAAGGGACUGAAGUAGAGUCGUUUGACGAGGAAGACCUUGUACUUCCGAAAACAGUUCCCGCAACUAAGGCAUUGGUCAAGAAAAGGGGGCCUUUGAAACGCGUGGUCGGAAAAUGUACGAAAAGUCGGAAUAUAGGUUUGGGUCGCAUUGCUAGAACUAAACCGAAACUUGCCAUAAGACCUGCACGCCUCAUCAGUGAAGAAAUCGUGCCGAUUGAAACCGAAGUUCUGCGAAAGGAUCACGACGAAUCCAUGCAGAAGAAUGUUGAGCAACUGCACCGGGAAAUGGCGCUGUAUAGGAAGGAGAAUGAUCGCGUGUUGGCAUUGCGCAGACAGCUGGAAGCUGAGAAGAAGAAAAUCGAGACAUUGAAAAACAAAAUGACGAAGGAAGCAGAUGAACAAGUUAAGAUCACUUCGAAAAAAUUGCGGGAAGAGGAGGACAGGCUGAAAAGAGAUCGAAUGGCAUUUGAGAAAACCCGUAGGGAACAGAAAUACACCAACGAUGUUAAGUUGGUGGAAGAAAUCCGCGCGCUCAAAUUGAAGUUGUUGGACGCAGAAGCUGAAGUGAAGGAACGUGAUGCGAAAUUUGGGGCCGCGCAAAGUAGACACAAAAUGGCGGUGAGAAAAUUGGAAAACACGAAUGACGAAUUGAUGGCGAUGAUGACCAAGCUGAAAGAAGAGAAUGAAGCGUUGAAAAAGCAGGUUGCGCAAUUGAAGGCUAAGAAGAAGCCCGUAAGCAAUCCAGUCACACAGCCGAAAACUCCUGUCGACGACGAGGUUGGCCAAGUUAUUGCUACACUGCAACGUGCCGUGGAAAACAUUGAUUCGCGCCCGCGAGAUAAGUCAUUAUUUUCCGAACUAAUUCGAAAACCCGAAGGAGCUCCAAGUCAAACCGCCGGAAAACUGAAUUCAUCUGAACAAAAUCCUUGGAAAGAACCUGAAGUUCUGAAGAAAACGCCCGUCACUUCAGAACGAAAAGACGAAGAAGUAUAUGUUGUUAGUGAAGAAAUGCAUUCCCGCAAUUCUGGGGGAGGAAACCCCGCAGAAACCGAUCAGCGGAACAAAGCAAUCGAAAGUUUGGCGUUACGUGCCAAAGAGAAUUCGAUCGAUUUACAUCCGAUGUCGUCUCGACCGACGACUUUAGGAGGAACCCUCUCGAAAUCAUCUCCGACUUCGUCUUUUGUUUCCGGAGUAUCGGCUGGAUCCGCGUACAAAGCCGAACGAGUUUUGGAUGAUGGUACGAUAGAGUGUACGCUGGUGGAUGGCAGCAAGGAAGUACUGUUUCCGAACGGUAACCGCCAGAAAAUUUCGGCUGAUGGAAAGUCUUCUAAAGUCAUAUACUACAACGGUGACGUCAAAGAAACCUUUUCCGAUGGUACUGUGGAGUAUUUUUUCGGCAAGAGCUUGACUUGGCAAACCGUGCGACCGGAUGGAUCCAAAUUGAUCGAGCUGGCUUCAGGCGAAGUUCAAGAACAUAAGACGAAUGGUGACGUCGAAAUUACGAGGACAGAUGGCGUGCAACUCGUGCUUAAGAAAAAUGGAUCAAAAGUGGAGACCCGCCCGAAUGGCACUCGGAUUGAAACUGGAAGAAAUGGGGAGAGAACAAUUUCUCAGCCGAAUGGAGAACGCCUCAUUUUUGCUCUGGAUCAUAGGCGCAAAGUAUUUCCAGACGGCACUGAGAAGAUUGAGUACAAUGAUGGACGCCAGGAAACGCGGUAUUCGAAUGGCUGGUUGAGGAUACGGGAUAGCUCAGGGAAACUCGUUGAUAUCUCCCGAGUGUUUUACAAUUCGGGAAGAUACUUCGACAAAAUGACGGAAUAUAAGCUGGUGGUUGUGGGUGCUGGCGGUGUCGGGAAAAGUGCUUUGACCAUCCAGCUUAUUCAGAAUCAUUUCGUGGAUGAAUACGAUCCUACGAUCGAAGAUUCAUAUCGGAAGCAAGUAGUGAUCGAUGGCGAGACGUGUUUACUGGACAUUUUAGACACGGCAGGUCAGGAAGAGUAUUCGGCAAUGAGAGACCAGUACAUGCGCACCGGCGAAGGAUUUCUACUGGUAUUCGCUGUGAACAAUGGGAAGUCGUUCGAAGAUAUUUCGAUGUACAGAGAGCAGAUCAAACGCGUCAAAGACGCAGAUGACGUUCCAAUGGUCCUGGUUGGAAACAAAUGUGAUCUCUCCACUCGCUCCAUCGACAUGAACCAAGCGAAAGAUGUUGCGCGAAGUUACGCGAUUCCGUUCAUCGAAACGUCGGCUAAAACACGGAUGGGGGUCGACGACGCCUUCUACACGCUUGUGCGAGAAAUCCGAAAGCAUAAAGAGCGCCAAGGCAAGGAUAAAAAAAACAGUGGAUCUCAAAAGCAAUGGCGGAAGAGUGAUUUUCAGAUGGUUAGCAUUGCUCCCGUUCAUAUCUCCCACUUGAAUACUCCACAAUCGGAGAGUGAUGCUCAACAGCGACCACAUUAUUUUCUUGACGUCGUGCGUUGCGGAGAGUACGUAGCAGCGUGGUUGAUGUACGAGAUUUAUCCAGUUGAGAUGUCCAAUGGACAUCAAACACCUGUUGUCACCAAUGCACUCACCAGUCCGGGAAACGGUUCAUUGACGUCGCUGUCUUUGAGCUUGAAACCUGCGAUUACGGUGACAAAUCAUCAGACUGCCAACGCGAAGCCCUCUAAUGCAACAGCUAAGGAACUAAAGGUGCCUGACCACAACCUACUGAAACCGUCGAGUCCGACGUACAGUUCGUCAUCUUCACCGAGUAAAGGCAAAGAGAAGGACAAGGUUGCUGCUGAUUGCAAAGUUGCUGUGCUGGGCAAUGUUGGCGUUGGCAAGUCAGCAUUGGUGGUACGGCUUCUGACGAACCGCUUUAUCUGGGAAUAUGACGUUAACCUGGAAGCAACUUACAGACAUUUGCUGGAAAUCGAUGAUGAAAAUUAUGUAGUGGAAGUUAUGGACACUGGUCCGCAGUUGGACCCAGAAUCAACAGAAAAUCACGUCAGAUGGGGGGACGGUUUUGUUCUGGUCUUCAGCAUGACCAAUCGCGAGAGUUUUGAAGCUGUCAAAGCACUUCAUGACCUCAUCCACAGCACAAGACCGCCUCCACCUCCGGUGCCAUCCAUCGUUUUGGUUGCCAAUAAAAUGGAAAUGAUACAUGAUCAUGAGGUUUCCACGGCUGAGGCUGAAGCGCUGGCUGAGGAGUUGAAUUUGACCCUGUUCAAGACUUCAGCGAGUGAAGGAAGUGAAGAUAUCGAUGAAGCGUUCCGCGAAGUUUCUCGUGACGUAAUUAGGAAGCGUUGGGGCCGAAGACGACGAUCUUCGGCAAAAAUGGUUGUGGAAGCCAUGUUUAACCGCGUGCGCACUAAAAUCAAUAGCUGAACUUCACAUUUUUGCAUUGAAUGCAUUUUUUCUGGAGCAAGCAUUUACCGUUUUGAGGCACGCUGAACUAGGUUUGAGUUGGCCGCCUGUACGAAAUGAUUGCUUUUGAGAGGAAACGGGUUACUCACCAUAUUUUCUGGGAUCUCUCCGAUGCUCUGGGUUGUGAUGAUGACUUUCGAUCGAAGGGAACGUAGAUGCUACCGGUGAUUCGCGCUGAUUUCCUUGUUUGAAGGGAUUUGGAAAAGUUUUUAGAAAAUUAACCAAGAAAGAAUCUCCUUUUAAAGUAAUUACGAGAUAAAUUAAUAUCGAUGAUGCCUGAAGGUCUUGAAAAGUUGAAAUCGCAUUAAAUUCAAAGCAUUUACUUUUCCACAAUUCUCGAUUAAAUAAUGGUGUAGCGUUAGAAUCCUGAAGUUAUUUUCCCUUUAGAAAGAGAUGACGUUUUGGGAAAUACGUAGAGUACAUUAUUCUCAUUGUGAACUGUGUUUCUCUUCUGGCACAUUCUUGAACUCAAUCUGUGAACCUUUCAAAUUGGAACCGUUUUCUGGUCUAAAAGUCAACUAGAAUUGGUGAUCGAAAUUCUAAAUCAAGUCGCUUAACUUGACCUCAAGCCUACCUUUGAAAACUUACGCAAUCGUGCGAUCUAAAAUUUAUCAAUUCUAGGUCUUCUUGUUCAUCUUCCAUUCUUUUGUUAGUAUGCACGAAGAUUUUAAGUUGUUUCAGGUAUAAAACUGUUUUUAUUGAGGUCGUAUUUUAUUCUUCUUUUCAGCUCACAGCAUUGCUAUCUCUAAGCUGUUGCUGACAAAUAUUGCUACUGUACCUAGCAUAUUUCUUCUCUUAUGCGAUUUCAAAUUUCGAGGAAGUCGGCGUGGUUACUGUAUCAUUCGAUUUUGAUCGUGUAGGCGCCGCCAGAUCAUUCCUCUUGUAUGCCCUCAAUUAUUCUGAAAGUUUGAAAAGUUCUCACCGCGUGUGGUUUUUCAUAUUUUACUCCAUUCGUGGUGUCGUGUUCCACUUGCAAUGAGAUGUUACCUUUCCCGUUUGAAAGUUGAUGUUGCAUACCUUGAAUUUAUUCAACCAUUGACUGCAAAGAAAAAUGGAUCUGAGUAUUCAAAGCAAUUUUGCAAGGGAUUCCGUAACUAUUGAUCGGCUAUGCGAAGGAGCUAUUCAAAACAGUCUCAGGUUCUACGACUCCGCCGUUUUUUGAAUUUUUUGAGACAAACUUUCGUUCUAUUGUUCAUAGAUCUUCAGUAUUACACACGCGAAUGAACAGUAUUUAUCCUCGGCGCUGAUCUCAAAAAAAUGGCCUUGUUUGGAACUGGUGUUGUUACCCGGCAUGUUUCCCGCAUCGCCGCAGAGCAUUUAUUCGUCGAUUUGUUUUAGAGUGAAAGAUUUCCGGUGCAAAAUUUUCUACAUUGCCUUUAAAAAAGAAAAUCGAGAGAUUUUGCAUUCCUCUUGGUGUAUGGGGAAAAUGUUUUCAAAAAUGUUGAACCGAGAUGAGCAGAUGAAUUCUGCCGCUUGGUGUAACGCAACAAUCAAUCUUUGAAGGCUACUUCGAUGCCCUACCGAAUUGUGACCUCUUACCAAAGAAAUAUGUGUUAUUGUGAGCAAUCCGAAUAAAAGCCUUGAGCAACGAAACAA